AUGCAAGCCGUGGCCCAAUCCCUCGUCCGUCGAGGUCACCAAGUAGUAUGGCUCACCAGCGCCGACAACGAAGUCCGCGUUCGAGCAGUGGGAGCCACCUUUGUCGCAACAGAAGCCAUUGCAACUGUUGAUGAGCCCCUCAUAAACAACAACGAGACUGGAAUCCUCGACAAGAUGUACAACCGCCUAGAGAUUCGACUGCUCGCUCAAGUGAGCGAUUAUCGUCGGGUAUUGCGGGGCGGCUUCAAACCAGAUCUGCUGUUGGUCGACGUGAUGCCCUACGGGGCGAGGGCUAUGUACGAUCUGGGCGAGAUCCCUACUUAUGCGACUCUGGGCGUGAUUCCAAUGUACAUGUCCAGCUGGGGCGCUCCGCAGUCCGUAUCUGGGGAGAGUCCUUCGACGUCGUUGCUGUGGUUGAUCUGGAAUUUCCUGCAUCAUCUCAUCAGUCAAUGGAUUCUCUUGCCAUAUCUUUUGAGGCCCGUGAUAAACGCCCAAAGACAAAUACUGGGACUGGAAAACUUGCCGUUUGGUGAACCCAUCGAGUCCUUCACCUAUAGCCCCUUUCUUCACAUCCAAGCGUCGUCUCCCUCGUUGGAGUUCAAGCUACUUCCCAAGCCAGAAGAGCAGAAGAAGCACACGAAAUUCGUUGGACCGACAGUCACCCAGAUCCAGACCGACUAUGUCCAAUUGCCUCCUCAAUGGGAUGAAAUUGUCGCUCACCCUCGUGUUGUCGGCAUCACACAAGGAACACUGGCCAUGGAUCCGACAUCGUUGAUCAUUCCAGCCAUCGAGGCUCUCUCGAACGACCCUCAACUUCUCUUGGUGGUGGCAACGCCUCACGUGGAAGAGGUAACGUCCAGAGUAGGCGAUCUACCAAACGUACGAUACGUCAAAUGGAUUCCAUACCACCUCUUCCUACCGCAACUCUGUCUCCUCAUCACCAAUGGCGGUUAUGGAAGUAUAACGCAAGCACUCUCCCAUAAAGUACCCCUGAUAUGCGCAGGGCAAUCAGAAGACAAGAAGGAUACGUCUGCUCGUGUCGACUGGGCUGGGGCGGGUAUCGAUUUGAAGACAGAUACUCCUUCGGCAGAGCAGGUUCGGAAGGCCGCGAGAACGAUAUUAUGCGAUAAAGGGUAUGUCAAGAGAGCAGGACGCUUGGGAGACGAACUAAACGAGCUCGGGGGCGCGGAUAGAGCUUCGGAGCUUUUGGAGAGCUUGGUAGAAUCUAAAGCGAGACAAUAG